GACACAGAACCCGCUAAAAUGCCACAAUACGAGCUGUCAUUGAUAACAAGAAUUUUAUCGAAGGUGAGAAUUACAGAUAGAAUUCGAAGCUAUCAGGGUGUUUACGUCAAUUACCAUACAGCUAGAAGUACUCGUUACAUCAAAAGUCAGAGUCUUCCCUGACCCUGUGGUUUCCCUUUCCAACUUGUCUAGGAAGAUCGGAUCGGCUCAUCCUCGGUGAAAGAACCUGUGAAACUCACGAGUGACGUAAAGUAAAGGACGCAAAGAAGUCAACACAAUAAAACCUAGGAAAACAAAAGGUCAAAAAACUUCACAGGUUCUUACACCGCGGUAAACCAGGAAGAUCAAGGAGUUUCUCGGGAGGCACAUCCUGCUGAGGACAGAACUUUUUGUACUGCAUGAUCAUGUUGUUGAGCCUCCCGUGAACGGCCACCCAAAAUACCAGGAAGAAGAGGAAAUAUGAGAUCUCCAGUUUAAUCGCCGAAGUUUGCCAUUUCUUCAGCGGACUCGACUUUCCGACAUUAAAAUUUCACCCCUACAGGGAUUUUCACCCAGAAGGUGAAAUCUCAAGGAGGCAUCCUGGUAGCUCACAAGUAUAUUGUAGAAAAGUAUGUUCUUACAGUUGAAGUAUACAAUCAGUAUGCCAGAAAAACUCUCAAUUUGCUUGAUCAGGGGCUGCAUAAAAUUGUUGGGUAUUGAUAACGUUUCUCCUGUUCACGCCUACAAGUACGGGGUGACGUAAAACAGAAAAUCCCCGGAGGGACCACUUAGGUUGAUUUUGGGCCAGUGUGUUAUUGUACAGUCAUACUUUUUUGCGGUAGCAUGUUAUCAGUGACAUUCUGUGAAGAAAGUUAUGGACAAAAAGACACUUGUUACGUGCAGAUGAAGUUAUAAGGUGUGUGUAACUGAGUAUGUAUACACCGUAUUCACAAAUGGCAGACACGCGGGAAAAAACUGGUGCCUAGUCAUGAAAGCGAGGCGUUGGAGGAUAAACAACAAUUGCAAAUGAAGACUUUCAGUGAACUUGCAGAGUGUUUAGCACGGAUUCCACCUAAAAUAACUUUGUACGGACUUCUUUUUAAAUACAAUUACGUGCGAUGUCUUCUACUUUUAAUGUUUAGCAGUGAUUUGCUGUUUGCAAUCAAAAGGGACGCGUAUAUCUUUAAGUAAACAGGAUGAUUUUGUAGGUAUCCGAAGCAUUAGAAGCUCGACAAGUGGGCGAUCGCCGGAGAAAAGCGGCAAAAUGUUGGCCCAAACUUCACAUUGAAGCCGAGUGCAAAAGCCAGCUCACUGCAAUUCGGUGAAACAGAAAUAUAAACAAAUCUUGGUGGCAAGAAAAAAAAGAAAUAAGCGACAGAUAUAUGGCCUACUUGUUAACGCAAGAGAUGUCUGCCGUUGAACUGAAACACAGUGAGUUCAAGUCGAGAUGGAAAAAAGGAAGAAAGGACAGAAGAGGUGACUGAGGUUUCGAUGAAGUUAUGUUUGGUUUUUGUUUGCCAGGACGUUAUUCUAUGGUCUUUAUCAAUAAAGGACAUCAAUUAGAACUAUUUUUUAAGUAUAAAUGCAGGAGCGAUCGAGUGGAGUACGCUCAAAAUUUCAACAUGUUACGCGGCAGACUCGGUAAGCCGGCCACAUAUCAUUUCAGCGAGUAAUUUCGUAUUUCUUAUCUUUGGCUGUCAAGAGUUUUACUUAAUGUUUCAUAAUAUUUUAAAGUUGAAGAAUACAUAAAUAAAUAAAAUGAUGGUCUUCUUAAACGGAUCCAGACUUGAAUCAGAAGCUUGCCGUGUUCAUUCCUGACACAAACGUUGCCUUAAAAGUUUAACCUAGUAAAAUGUAAGCUUUAUUCUACUUUUUUACCAAGAGCUCUCUGAGAUAAUGCCCUAAAGGAGACCAGGCAAAUAGCAAGCCAUAAGAUUCACACAGUACAGCUUCUAAUUUUAAUAAAAUUAUUUUUAAUUAUUUCGCAAUGACAAAGAAAUCAUGAGAUUUUUUACUAAGCUCUGCCAACGUACCUCAGUGACAAUUCACUCCAAAGCGACGGAAUUAAUAUGAUCCAAAGGAAGUUGUAAAUGCAGACAAACAUAUAUACAUAGAUAUGUAUAAAAUGACACUGACAUGAAUAAAUGAGCCUUGUGAAUGAAUCUUUCACCCGCUCUCGACUUGACCUGUUUUGUGUAAUGGCGGAGGUCUCUUCCGUUAACAAGUAGGCCAUAUAUCCGUCGCUUAUUUCUCUUUUUCUCGCCACCAAUAUCUGUUUUUAAUCCGUUUUACAGAAUUGUAGUGAUCUGGCUUUCGUACUCGGAUUCAAUGUGAAGUUUGGGCCAACAUUUUGCCGCUUUUCUCCGGCGAUCGCCCACUUGUCGAGCUUCUGAUGCUUCGGAUACCUACAAAAUCAUCCUGUUUCCUUGAAGAUAUACGCGUCCCUUUUGAUUGCAAACAGAAAAUCACUACUAAAUAUUAAAGGCAGAAGACAUCCCACGUAAUUGUAUUUAAAAAGAAGUCCUGACAAAGUUAUUUUAGGUGGAAUCCGCGCUUGACACUGUGCAAGUUCACUGAAAGUCUUCAUUUGCAAUUUUUGUUUAUCCUCCAACGCCUCGCUUUCAUGACUAGGCACCAGUUUUUUCCCGCGUGUCCGCCAUUUGUGAAUACGGUGUAUAUAUGAACACUUGGAGAGUUUGCCAGACACGAGUAUCAUUCACAAAUCUUUUGUUGGAAACAAUUUGCCAGACACUCUUUCUCUCUCUUUGGGGGAAUAAUACACAAAAAAGCAAGAUGAGUGAAUCAAUGGCUAGCGUAUCACUAGCAGAACUGUGGACUAUUACAGAAAUUCACCGACAAUUAAAUUCUGUGCUGACAUUAUUCCCUGCUCACAGAUGUCCUUCUGUAAAGUUUUUUUAAAAGUAUUGUUAAUAGUUUAAAAAAUGACUAGAACGCACAAGCAUGAAUUGAUCAAACCUUUUAAUUUCUAAGGCUUACUUUCCAGCUAUUAAAACGAACUGUAUGCAAAAACUGAAAGAGAAUUAGUGAAAAAUUCCAACUUCUUCUUCUGUGUAAAUCAACUGAAUCAGUACAUGGAACCUUGCUUUUGCUGUUUUCAUCUUACCUAUUGUAUGGAAUAUGUGUGAAAAUCUUUAUUAUGAAUCGGUAUAUUUCAAAGAGCUACACCACGACCAAGAAUACAGUUGACUGACAACAUACAGAGUGGGGGCAGCUGUAGUGUCAACUGUUACUAGUGUUAACAUUGAACAUUUCCUUAUAAACUUUGGUAUGCCCUUGUAAUAUAACAAUGUGAUUGGUGGAAAGUAAACCAAUUGGGUCAAAUGACACAGAGGCAACAUCGUUUUCACGUGUUUUGUGAUUCACAAAUUCGUGAUAAUCAGAGUCAACGAGUGUUUUUUGCACAAAAUAAUGACAUCAUGUGUCAUGCGUUAUGACAUCAUCUACAUUAUACCUCCCUAUCAAUUCUCAAUAUAUUUGAAGUCACGGGGGGUUGACAGCCAUGUCAACUCUUCUGAAAGCAAAAGCAUGUAAAUGUACAUACAUGUACUUGUCAGACUUUGUAAAGCCACAACAAAGACCCAAAGAGCUUUUGAUUUCAAGCCUGUGCUGUGGGAAUAGGCUGAUUUUUUUUUAAACAGAAUAGCUUAAGCUGUUUGAUCAGAUGACAAUUUUUUUGAACAUGUAGGGCUUAAGCUGUUUGAUUGGCUGACAAUAUUUUCAUCCUUUAUUAAAUUGUCUGAUUUGUUUCUUAAAGGAAAUGUGAGAAACUCUUUAUGGAUGUUGGGGCUUAAAGGAUUAAAGGGGGUUUUUCAAGACUUAAAUGUUGUGCUUUUUUGACAGGAGGGAUUUGCCUCUGUUCUUCGUCAGACAGCUCUAUCUAUUAUGGACAAAGGGGGAGUAGUAAGAAAAAUGGAAAACCUAGGAGAGCAAGAACUUCCCCACAGAAUGAGAGCACAUACUGAAUGGCAUACACAUGGCAGGUAUGUUGGUAGCCAUUAAUAAAGUACAAUGUGAAAAGAAAUUAUUAAGUUACAGUGGAACCUCAAUUUAAUGUUCAAACCUCAACAUGUAUAUAACCAAGAGCCCAUAUCCUGGAGUGAGCAACUCCCUUGUGCUCAUGCAACAGCAUUUUCACAGACCAGUUUAUUUUUAGAUCAAUUUCCCACAAAUUUUGAUUUCAUGUAUCAAAUAAGCCUUACAAAUCAAUCAGCAAAAACUGGAGACUAAAAAAUGUAUUUCUGAUGUUUUGACAGACGUGAGUAUUUGCUCUUUCUUUUUGGUGUAGGUAUUUUCGUACUAUUGAUGGGCACAAAUAUGAAAAGGUGCUUCUGUUUUAAUGAGAAAAGUACUCCAAACUGAUGCUAAAAAUAAACUGAUCUGUAAAAACACUGUUGCAUGGGCCAAGCAUGAGAGUUGCAUGCUCCAGGUUAUGGGCUCCUGACAGGCGCAGAUCUAAGAUAAGUCCCCUUUCUUGGGUUUCUGAGUCCUUAAGACAGGUUAUUGGCCAGUUCCUUUCUCCUUGCAAAUCGGCAGAUCAUUUCGUCAAGGCCAGAUAUGAAGCAAGAUUUCAACGUGGGAAGUAUUUUUAUUAUUAAAAAUAUUAUAUUCAUUAAGUAAAAUUUGACCAAUUUCCAUAAAAAUGGCGGAAACAAGUGUGGAUCCGCACCUGCCUGAUAUAACAAACUCCUUGGUAUGACAUUAUUUUGAACAAUAUUCCUAGCCCAAGAAAUAGUAAUGUGGAAAAGAACCUUGAUAUAAUGAAACCUACUUAUAGCAGGCAUAUUUGGUCAGUCCCUUGACCCUUCAUUAUAUCAAGGUUCCUGCUGAGAAUAUAUUAUCAGCAGUGUUAGUACAACUUUUAAAUUAUGAUAAAAUUAAACCCCCCCUGGCUGAACUUGUUCAUACUAUUAUUCAUUUCUUAGGAUUUUACAAAAAGAAAUUAGAAUUCUUUAGUGAACUUAUCUUUGGCCACUGUUAGGAAAGGGUUAUGCACAGGCACUCCACCUACCCUCAGUCCCAAGAAGAAGAGAAAAUCCUGGGAAUGAGGUUGAUAAUUCACUUUCCUUGACUUUAGCCUCUGCAUAGUUACUAUCUUGGCCUGUGUAGCAAGUGUUUCUGUGCGAGUUCGUAGCGUGAUAAAAGUGCUCUUGUUUUCAAUGUUCUGCUGAAAAAACUUAUGUAGAAAUGUUUGCUGCGGCAAGAUAUUAUUAUUAUUAUUAUUAUUAUUAUUAUUAUUAUUAUUAUUAUUAUUACUAUUACUAUUACUAUUAUGGCGUUUUCUCCGAUGAAUGCUCCAUGUUCUUAGACAUGAUGAAUAACAUUGGCAUUGAUAAAACGCAGCAACUUUAUAUAAUCAAGAAAAGUUUUCUUAUCAUUUAAUGAUAAAUAUAGCCUUUGUUAGAGCAACAUAUUACAUCUUUUGUUGUAGAAAUAGGAAUUGGGAUAGCCCAGACUUAAUGCAGUUGGGUUUUUUUCUUUUCUUUUCUUUUUUCUUCCUUUCUUUUCUUUUUUGAAUAAUCCAAUCUCAAUCUGCAUUUGUAAAUUGCAUAUACGUAGCGAGAUUUACAAUUGUACAUUCAAAAACACAAUAAAGUUUCUAUUAUUAUUGAAUUCUUAUCAUUAUCUUGAUAUAGGAAAACCUUAAUAAUAUGUUCUUGUCGAUAUUUAUUUUCUUUAGAUACUUCUUGAUGCACUUUGACUUAGGAAGGAACUGAAGCAUGAGUUAGGCACAGACACUGAUCUUAUACGGCCACGUAUCAUCAGAGUAAAAGGCCGUUAUGAUUCCUUGAAACACAGACAUUCCUUGUUAGAAUGCUGGGAGAGUUAUAAGCCUCCAAGUAGCUUUCAGCCAAGAUGAUAAUAAGGAAUGGAAAAGACAUUUCGUGCAUUUUUCAUUUGUACUUG